GUUUGUCAUUCAGGUUCCGAGGGAGCAGCCGCGGCAACGGCACCGGUACUGCAGGGGGAACGGCGGUCGGAGCGGUCAGGGCGACCAGGUUGGGGUAGAGGCAACAACAUCAACAACAACAACAGCGGAGGAGGAGGAGUGGGCGAUACCCGCGGCGCCCCCGGAGGAUACGAUUGGUUGAAGCCCGGUGUACUCUGACCCAUCACGGUGAGGCUUUGUUCCUCUGUGUGUGCUGACCUCGUGUUGGGCGGAAGCAGACGGGGAUUGGGUUGCCAGACCAGCACUUCACAAGUUUAAUCAUGCCCCUGCUGCUUUCCCUACGUUCCACUCCGUGCCAGUGACUCUGCUGCCUUUCAGUCAACCGCUCUGUGUCCUUGGCUGCAACAACGAUGACUUUUCUCUGAAGAUUUGUGUCGGGGACUUUCCUCUCCCUGAAGACCGCAGGGAGUUGAAGAACUUUUGUGGCAGGGGAGAGCAGCAAGUCUCCUGCGGGGAAAAUGCCCCCUCCGGCCCCGAUGCGUUUCUCCGUGGCGGACUAUGUCAUCUUUGCCCUGCUCCUGAUUGUCUCCUCGGUCAUCGGACUCUUCUACGCACUGAGUGGCGGGCGACAGAGGACCACCCAGGAGUUCCUGCUGGCCGGACGCAGCAUGACCUUUGUGCCGGUGGCCCUUUCCCUCCUCGCCACUUUCCAGUCCGCCGUGGCCAUCCUGGGCGUGCCGGCUGAGAUCUACACGCAUGGCACGGAGUACUGGUUCCUCGGAUGCUCUUACUUUCUAGGGCUCCUGAUCCCGGCUCACAUCUUCGUCCCUGUGUUUUACCGACUGGGACUCACCAGCACUUACGAGUACCUGGAGCUGCGGUUUAACAGGGCCACGCGACUCUGCGGGACGCUGACCUUUAUUUUCCAAAUGGUUAUUUACAUGGGUGUGGUCCUCUACGCACCUGCUCUGGCCCUAAAUGCAGUUACUGGCUUUGACUUAUGGGGAGCAGUGCUAACUAUGGGUCUGAUCUGUGCACUCUACACAGCAGUGGGGGGGCUGAAAGCUGUGAUCUGGACAGACGUAUUCCAGACAUUGGUGAUGUUUUCUGGGCAGCUGGCUGUCAUCAUCAUCGGAGCAAACCAGGCAGGGGGGAUUGGAGAAGUGUGGCAGGUAGCAGUGAAGGGCGGCAAGAUCUCUGGAAUCAACCUGAACCCUGAUCCCUUCGAGCGGCACACCUUCUGGACGCUGGCCUUUGGUGGAGUGUUCAUGAUGCUGGGGCUGUACGGAGUGAACCAGGCGCAGGUUCAGCGCUACCUCAGCUCGCGAUCGGAGAAGCAGGCGAUACUGUCGUGCUACGCAGUGUUUCCUUGCCAACAGAUAGUCCUGGCCAUGGGAUGCUUGAUGGGCCUGGUUAUGUACGCUCGCUAUGGAGAGAACAGCCCCCUGCAACAGGGUUACGUCACCACCUCUGACCAGAUGGUUCUUUAUUUCGUCAUGGACGUGCUUCAGGAUUAUCCUGGUUUACCUGGUCUCUUCAUCGCCUGCCUGUUCAGUGGAGCUCUGAGCACUGUAUCAUCUGCAUUCAAUUCACUGGCUGCUGUCACUAUGGCCGACCUUAUUAAACCUCACUAUCCGGACAUGACUGAGAGUCGUGCCACGCUGAUAUCUAAGAGUCUUGCCCUAGGCUAUGGAUUGCUCUGCCUUGGAAUGGCAUACAUCGCAUCCCUGAUGGGCUCAGUGCUACAGGCAGCUUUGAGUAUAUUUGGGAUGAUUGGCGGCCCUCUGCUAGGCAUCUUCUGCCUGGGAAUGUUUUUCCCGAUGGCUAAUUCUACGGGUGCAAUCUCAGGCUUGGUGGCUGGCUUGGUGAUGGCGUUUUGGAUAGGAAUUGGCAGCUUUAUUUCCCAACGAGCAGGGCUUUCGUUCGUAAACGCUACCAGCAUCGAAAACAUCACCCUAUCCCUGACAACCACCAUCAUAGCAACAGCUAACCCAACAACAGUGGCAGCAAGUGCAGGUCCCACAGGGCUGAAGAAGUUCUAUUCUCUCUCAUAUUUAUGGUACAGUGGACACAAUGCAGCCACCGUAGUUGUCGUAGGACUGCUGGUCAGUUUCCUAACAGGCCCAAUGAAAGGGGAAGAUGUGAAUCCUUCCACUGUGGUUCCUGUUCUUCGGUACCUACUCUUCUUUUUGCCUGAAAGAUGCAAGGAAAGGCUGAGCUGUGGAGUCCGCUAUCACCCAGCGAUCAACGAGCCCAGCCUUCAAUGCUCGCUUGUGCAGAAGGCGUCGAACGGGGAGCUGCGCAAAGACGCGACCGUGUGGACAGAUCAGAAGCAGGGGCUUGACCCUGACUUGUCCGUCGAGCUUGGGUUGGUGAAGAAGGAUCAGGAGGUGGAGAUCCUCCAGGAGACGCCUCUGUGACAGUGGUUUCCACAUGGCCAGUCACUCCAGCUGUCCGCGGUAGCCGGGCGCCUGAAAGGUUUCCAAACAGUGUCUUCCGAAACUCCCCAUGUUAAAUAACCCCAAGCCUGCAGGACCAGCACUGGGUGUUGCGAAGGCUGGACCCACGCAGAGUAAACGUGCGGUUGGAUGAGUGACCAUCGAGACCAUCUGAAAUUAUCUGACCUCAGAAAAAUUGGCUCUUAGCUCAGCAGGUGGAGUUACAAUAACCACUGGUAUAUACAGCAGUGCUCAAAUUAGGACCAGUGCCAUCGACAACCUCUGGCCUCCCUCGCAGGGUUUUUGAUUUUGAUUUUUUCGGAAAUUAGCCACUGAAUUAGUUCAGAAAUGUUAUAUUCAUAGAUGGGGGUGUGGGUGAGAGCAAGUUUAUUUCCUGUUUUUGGAUGAGCUUGUUCAUUUAUUUUUCUAAUUGUCUCAUCAAAACGCACAAGAGCCUCUGGUUUUAAAGCACCGGGCACACCCUGCCUUGUUUCCAUGAGCAGGUACCCAUUGCCUCACCCAAUUGCCAGAAUGGUUACAGCAGAGGAGGAGGCCGUUUCCCCAGUCAUGUCUGUACUGUCUAUGGAAGAGCAAUCCAGCUUUCUCCACUCUCCCGCCGUCAUCCUGCCAGAUUAAUUUCCUCUCAGAUACAUGCUCAGCUCCAGUCUGCACACAGAUGAAUCUGCGUCCACUGCUCUCCAUCGAUAUGCAUACCAAAGCCUAACUAGGUCUGUGCGGAUGGGGACAUUUUCCUUUGUGUUACUUCUACUUCCUGUGUGAAUCAUGCUUAUUUACAUCUACUCGUUUGUAUUCCCACUGACAGUGAGGGCAAUCAUGCUCUAUCUGCUGGUAGAGCCGCUGCCUCGUGGCAGGCACCUGAGACCCGGGUUUGAUCCUGCCCUCGGGUACUGUAUGUGUGUGGAGUUUGCAUGUUAUUCCUGUGACAGCAUGGGUUUCCACUGGGUGAUCCGGUUUCCUCCUACACCUCAAAGAUGCCCGGGUAUGUAGCUUAAUUGUCCUCUGUAAAUUGACACGCAGUUUCAGAGAGUGGAUAUGCGAUAACAGAACUAGUGUGAACGGGUAAUCGAUGAUUAGCGUGAACUCGGUGGGCCGAAGGGCCUGUUUCAAUGCUGUAUCUCUAAACUGAACAAACCUGUCAUAAUUAUAAAUCCUUCCACUGGACCCCUUCAUAACUUGUUUUGUUGACAAUCUCCAGUCCAUGCCUCUGAAGCCUUUUGCCUUCAGGAAUCAUUUUCUUAAUCUUUACUGUGCCCUUUAAACAUCCUUCACACGUAUCCCAGAGUGUGCCCACGGUAUUCCAGUUCUGGUCUGACCAGUCUUUUAUCUUGGCCUCUCUGCUCUCGGUUCAAAACUGUGAUUCUGCCAAGCUCUGGGGAUAAGUUCUGUCUCUUUUGUCUGAAGAAGGGUCUCGACCCGAAAUGUCACCCAUUCCUUCUCUUCAGAGACGCUGCUUGUCCUGCUGAGUUACUCCAGCAUUUUGUGUCUAUCCCUUGUAAUUCAGUUCUCCCCUUAUGCUCGUAUCAACAACGCACUGUGCUCCCCCACCAUUUCUCCUUGCUUCUGUUUAAUCUAAAACAAGAUGCACAACAUAGGGUAAACAUCCUCUCUUCCUCUUGCCCUGUUUCCUUUUUCCACAUCUGCUGUUCUAAGGGAUGAAGUUAAGGGUGCGGGAAGUCAUCUCUUUCAUCAGUCUAUUGUUCAUAAAUCAUGGGAGCAGAAUUCAGCCAAUCGGCACAUCGAGCCUACUCUGCCAUUCAAUCAUGGCUGAUCUAUCUCUCACCCUCAUUUUCCUGCCUUUUUCGUUCCCUUACACCCUUACUAAUCAAGAAUUUGUCAAACUCCGCUUUAAAAAGACCCAAUGACUUGGCCUCCAAAGCCAUCUGUGGCAAUGAAUUCCCCAGAUUCGCCACCCUCUGACUAAAGAAAUUCCUCCUCUUUUCUUUUCUAAAGGAAUUCCUUGUUUCGGUGAAAACAGAAGUAUGUAUAUUUUAUUUUUUAUUUUUAUUUAGUUUUCAGCGAUUAUUCUAAAUAUAUAGAACAGAGGUGGCUCAGUCCUUUGCGUUCACCCCUGCCAAAAUAUUUGGGUCACUAGCUUUCCAGCUCGUCUGCGGUUUUCUUAUGUUAUUAGUUCAAGUUCUCAUCCAUUUACCUCUCAGUGUGCUUCUUGUCUCUGAUUCCAUCACUGCCAGAGAGUUCGAGACAUCCUCUGGCCCUCAGACGGGGGUUUUUCCUAAACUCUUUCAAACAUUUAAUUUAGAUUAAUGGAAAGGAUGUGGAGGGUUUGGAGAGGGUACAGAAGAGCUUUACCAGAAUUCCCUCUGGAUUAAAGGGUAUUAGCUACAAACAAACAUUGGACAAACUUGACGUGUUUUCUGUGGAGGUUUGGAGAUUGUGGGCACGCAUGAUAGAAGUAUGUAAAAUUAUGAGGCAUGAUAUGCGGGCCCAAGAUUUUCUUUUACACAGAAGAUAGUGAGUUGUGGAAUACAUUGCCUGGGAUGGUGGUGGAGGAAGAUACAAAAGUGGCAUUUAAAGACUUGGAUAGGCAUAUGGAUCAUGUGCAGGCAGAGGAGAUUAUUUUAAUGGUGUGUGUUUGGC